UCAUGACUCCUACUGAAGGGCGGAGUCCGUCUAUAAAUUCACAAGCCCACAGUCCUACAGUCUGCACUUCUCCCUCACGCCUCUGCUGUCCUCUUCUUUUCUUCACACUCCUGCUUGGACCCCACCACAACCAUGCCUUCAGACCUUGAAAAAGCUAUGGAGUCCAUGAUUUUGGUGUUCCACCGCUACGCAUCAAAAGAGGGGAACACCAACACUCUGAGCCGGCGUGAGCUCAGGGAGCUGAUGGAAAACGAGCUCUCCAACUUCCUCAGGUCUCAAAAAGACCCUGGGACCGUGGACAAGAUCAUGAGGGACCUGGACACAAACCGAGAUGGAGAAGUGAGCUUUGAGGAGUUUGUUUCUUUAGUGGUUGGUCUGUCCAUCGCCUGCGAACAGUGUUAUCAAUUACACUUGAAGAAGACUGGAGCCCGAAAAUGAAAAGAUUAGCAACAGGGAAUUUUUACACUUUUGAUGUUGUCCUUUAAGUGUAGAAUAUCUUUAAAACUGGAAAAGAACAUUGUAUUGUAUGAAUGUGUUAAUAAAAGUGAGAGAGAGAA